AUGGCUACGGCUGCUUCACCUACUGUCUCCCUGCCCUCGAGGGCAACUACCGGCCUGAGCGCCUUCAGCGAUGAAGCUGUGCCCGAGGUCGACCCCACAACUACAGCUGGAUUGCUCGCAGAGCGUCUGCAGGCAUGGAAACAUUGCGUCGGCUACCUCGAGGACUACGUGGGGACUAUGGAGAAGAUCCAUGGUCGCCACGCAAAGGAGUAUGAGAAGGUUCUCAAGACCAUCUCCAACCCCCUCAAGGAGGGUCACCACUUCGACCAGAGUCUCGGCGGCGUGGCCGGAUUCUUCGAGAACCUGCGCUCCAACACCCAGGCCAUGAUCAACACCAACAUCGAGACCGAGAAAAGCAUCAAGGGAUCUGUCCUCCCUAUCCUCGAGCGCCUACACAAGGAGAUCAAGCAUAAGGCCAAGGAGCUGGCCCACGGCGUGCAGAAGGGCGCCAAGGAGGUCGAGAAGGCCCGCAACACCACCCAGAAGCACAUUGAGCUGCUCGGCCAGCAGAGCGCCGCCUAUGAUUCCGCCGGCGGCAACUUCCAGGGCCAUGAUGACCCGUAUGUUGUCCGCCGGGGCAUCUUGCACCGUCUAAGCAACCAGGUCAUUGCUGAGAACAAUCACCACAACGACCUUCUUGCUGUGCAGACCAACUUUUCGGCGUUCGAGGCGCACGUUAUCGAGGUUAUCCAGCAGGCCAUGGAGGCCUUCACUCUACUGGCUGGCGGACAGGGUGAGAAGAUGCGGGCUCUACAUACCGACGUACUCGGGGCCAUCCAGCGCGUCACCCCUGACUUUGAGUGGAAUCACUUCCAGGCCCGCAGUGCGGAUCGCCUCGUCAGCCCUGACGAUCCCGCUCGCUCGGUAGAGGCGGUAGUGUUUCCUAACAUGGACCACUCCGCGACCAAGGCUAUGAUUGAGGGCUCUCUGGAGCGCAAGUCGCGCAACAAGCUGUCAUGGGGCUACUCGACCGGGUACUACGUAGUCACCCCUUCCAAGUUCUUGCACGAGUUUAAGGACUCGGACAACACACGGCAGGACCCCAAGCCGGAGAUGUCCGUCUACCUUCCUGAUGCCACCAUUGGCACGCCAAGCGGAGACAAGUUCAGUAUCAAGGGCAAAGAUAGGGCCAAGACAAUGAGCAGCAAGCUCACGGGCUCGUCGGAGCUGAGCUUCAAAGCCCACACGGCUGCUGAUGCCCAGAAGUGGUUUCAGAUCAUCUCCAACCUCGCUACCGCGAGUGGCCAGGUUAGCAGCGCGACGUCGACGCCGGCUGGAUCCACGCCCACGUCGCCCGUCCUCAACAACCCCGCCAGCUUCAGCUCUUCAGACAAGAUUGACGACAAGCUAAGGACAACGGCGCCUGUCACGCCUGCGGGUGAUCACAAGGCUCAAGAGGCGGGAGUCAUCGGUGCUGAGCUGCCCGUGUCGGAGAAGAAGGCAUAG